UUUUUUUCUUCUCUUCCCUCGCUCUGUUCACCACCACAUAUCCACCAUCAAAACCCUAUCUCUCAUCCGCUCCGAGAUCGUCAUCGUCCUCAUCUCGAUCCGUCUGGGUCUGCCAUCCUCGAUCGCUGUCGCAUCGGACGGCGACCAGCGGUCGACCUGAGCGAUCCACCUUGAAGUCGCAUGCAUCGCAGGAAUUCCGAACGACUGUUGAUGUCGCGAUCGCCCUGACCGGACGAAUCUCUUACCCUCCGCCCCCCGCCCCCCCACAGCUCGUCCGGACAGACAGUCAGAUCGCAUCGCGGCCAUGUCGCUGCCCCAGCGGCCGGGAAAGGUGUCCCCCCGCCGCGAAGAGACACACUCCGCGUUUCGCGAACCGUCCCGCAGACGGCGUCGGGAGUCCCAACCCUCCCAGGACGAGUCCCUCGCGAGCCCGACGACCCAUCGCCAUCGCCAUCACCACCACCGCCAUCAUCGUUCGCACAGCGGUCACCGAAAACGAGGAACGGAUGAAGAGCGCAUGGAUGCGGCCGCCGACCUGCGGCGCAAGCGCAGUAUGGUCAAGCCCGAACGCAAUCGCAUCGACCCCGACCACCCCAACUAUCACUAUCGCCAACGCUCCCAACAUAUGCCCACCUAUCCCUCCGCCACCGGGAACGUGCCCGUAGCGGAGGACCCCGAGUUGGAGACUAACAGCUCCCGCAGCCUCGAGGACAAAGCCGUCGGGGAGCGCGACGCCCUGUACGGCGCCCAUGGCAACGUCAACAAGCCCAUGGAGCGCGCCCCCAGUCGGCGUCACUCCAAGAAGAAACGGGGCUCGCGUCGCAUCGCCAAGAAGCUCUCCGCCGAGGAGCGCCGGCGUCAGCGGACGAUGGAACAGGUGCGCCCGCCCAGUCUCUGGACCACCUACUGCGCCGUCCUCACCUUCUGGGCUCCCGAUUUCAUCCUCCGCUGCUUCGGCAUGCCCCAGAAGGCCCAGCGCAGCGCCUGGCGGGAGAAGAUCGGUCUCAUCAGCAUCAUCCUUAUGAUUGCUGCCUUCGUUGGCUUCCUCACCUUCGGCUUCACUGCCGCCGUCUGCGGCACGCCCCCGAUCCGCCUUAAGAUCAACCAGGUCUCCAGCGGCUACAUGAUCUUCCACGGCCAGGCCUACGACCUCUCCAAAUCUACACACGACGCCGCCGCCGGCAUCCCGAAGGGCUCCAAUGUCCUCUACGACCUGCCCCACAAGUACGGCGGUCAGGACGGGAGCUUCUUCUUCCAGCAGGUCAACGGCGCCUGCAAGGGCCUCAUCACCCGCGCCGAGGACUCGGACAUCCCCACCAACGGCGCCGGGGACCUCGCCUGGUACUUUCCCUGCACUCCCUUUAACCAGGAUGGCUCAACAUCGCCCAAUCGCACGGCCUCCGAGCACUACAACGGCUGGGCCUGCCACACCUCCGGCGACGCACGCCACAGCUUCUACGGCCUUUCUAGCUCCGGCGAUGUCUACUUCACGUGGGAAGACACCCGGAACAAGAGCCGGAAUCUGGUCAUCUACUCGGGCAACGUGCUGGACCUCGACCUGCUGCGCUGGCUUGACCCGUCGCAGGUUAGCUACCCCUCCAAGUUCGACGAGCUCCGCGAGAACCCCGCCGUGCGUGGCGUCGACCUCACCUACUACCUGCAGACUGGGGCGGAGAAGAAGUUGGGCAAGUGCCUGUCCCAGAUCAUCAAGGUCGGCACCAUCGACACCGACACCGUCGGCUGCAUCGCCUCCAAGGUCGUCCUCUACAUCUCCCUCGUCUUCAUCCUCUCCAUCGUCAUCGUCAAGUUCGGUUUUGCGCUACUGUUCCAGUGGUUCCUUGCGCCGCGCUUCGCCGCGCAGCGGACGAGCAUGGGGCCCGACUCCAAAUCGCGUCAGCAGCAGAUCGAGGACUGGUCCAACGACAUCUACCGGCCGGGGCCGCGCAUGACCGACCCGACGCUCUCCAACAAACGCGCCAGCUUCCUGCCUACCACCUCCCGCUUCUCCAGCCCCUACACCGUCGGCAACGGCGGCAAGCAGCGACCCCAGUACGUCACCAUGGCGAGCCAGAACUCCACCGCCCGCCUGGCGCCCACCGGAUCGACCUCCAUCUACAAGCAGAGCCACACCGGCAGCGGCGGCACACUGAGCCCGAACCCAGCCGGCAGCCGCACCAGCCUGGGGCCGCCGCACCACCCCAGCGAUCCCGAUGGCUCGGGCUCGGCCGGGGAGGUCCACGAGCUGGUGGUACCGCAGCCCCCGCCCGAGUGGCAGCCCUACGGAUACCCCCUCGCGCAUGCGCUAUGCCUGGUUACCUGCUACUCGGAGGGAGAGGACGGCAUCCGGUCGACACUCGACUCGGUGGCCAUGACGGACUACCCCAACAGCCACAAGACCAUCGUCGUCAUCUGCGACGGCAUCAUCAAGGGCAAGGGCGAGGAGUUCUCCACGCCCGAGAUCGUCAUCCGCAUGAUGCGGGACCACCUCGUGGCCCCGGACCAGGUGCAGCCGUACUCGUACGUGGCGGUCGCCACGGGCGCCAAGCGACACAACAUGGCCAAGGUCUACGCGGGCUUCUACGACUACGGCGAGACCUCCGUCAUCCCGCCCGAGAAGCAGCAGCGUGUGCCCAUGAUGAUUAUCGUCAAGUGCGGCACGCCCCCGGAACGCGAACAGUCGAAGCCGGGCAACCGCGGCAAGCGUGACAGCCAGAUCAUCCUGAUGUCCUUCCUGCAGAAGGUGAUGUUCGACGAGCGCAUGACGGAGCUCGAGUUUGACAUUUUCACGGGGCUGUGGAAUGUGACUGGGAUUUCGCCGGACUUUUACGAGAUGGUGCUCAUGGUGGAUGCCGAUACGAAAGUGUUCCCGGACAGUUUGACGCAUAUGAUCUCGGCUAUGGUGAAGGAUCCGGAAGUCAUGGGUCUCUGUGGGGAGACCAAGAUUGCCAACAAGACGGAAAGCUGGGUGACGAUGAUCCAGGUGUUCGAAUACUUUAUCUCCCACCACCAGUCGAAAUCCUUUGAAUCGGUCUUUGGCGGUGUCACCUGUUUACCCGGCUGUUUCUCCAUGUACCGAAUCAAAGCGCCCAAAGGCGGCCAAAACUACUGGGUCCCGAUCCUCGCAAACCCAGACGUAGUAGAGCACUACUCGGAGAACGUCGUCGACACCCUCCACAAGAAGAACCUGCUCCUCCUCGGCGAAGAUCGCUACCUCUCUACACUAAUGCUACGGACCUUCCCAAAGCGCAAGCAGAUCUUCGUCCCCCAAGCCGUCUGCAAGACGCAAGUCCCCGACAAAUUCCUCGUCCUGCUCUCCCAGCGCCGCCGCUGGAUCAACAGUACAGUGCACAAUCUAAUGGAGCUCGUGCUCGUGCGCGACCUCUGCGGUACCUUCUGCUUCAGCAUGCAGUUCGUGAUCUUCAUCGAGCUGGUCGGGACACUCGUCCUGCCGGCCGCCAUCGCAUUUACCGUCUACGUCGUCGUCUCGUCCAUCGUCAAGAAGCCCGUCCAGGUCAUUCCUCUUGUCCUGCUGGCGCUUAUCCUCGGUCUGCCGGGCGUGCUCAUCAUCGUGACCGCCCACCGUCUCGUCUACGUGUUGUGGAUGCUCAUCUACCUGAUCUCCCUACCCAUCUGGAACUUCGUCCUUCCGAUGUACUCGUUCUGGAAGUUCGACGACUUCAGCUGGGGCGACACGCGCAAGACGGCCGGCGCUAAGGAUAAGGGCCAUGAGGCGGGUGAGGGCGAGUUCGAUAGUAGUAAGAUUACGAUGAAGCGAUGGAGGGAUUUUGAGAAAGACCGCCGCCUCCGCAUGCAACCCGCCUGGGCACCUCAAACAAGCGGAUAUGGAUUCCCGCACGAACCAUACUCGGAUUAUUGAUGUAAUGGCAACUAGACAGAUGAGAGAUGGGCGAGAUAUGUGUGAUGAGAAAGCUGUAUAUUUUAAUUUAUUAUUUUAUUAUUAUGAUUUAUAUUGUGUUUGCUUCUGAUAUGAUGGAUAUGAUAUAAUACCAUUACUGUCUGUAUGAUCAGAUUGAUGUUGAUAUGAAGUGAUCGGCAAUAUGGUUCAUAAUUGAGCGAGGAUGGAUGGGACGAGGUAUAUUAAUGGACGAAGACAG